UCGGUCAGCGCUGUCACCCCUCCUGCAUCCAGGGUCUUAUCCUUACAAGGCAGGGACAGGGCAUGGCCUGCUGGCUUCGUCCUGCCCGACAUCACGUGGAGGUGGGCGUUUAUACUCAAAAUCUCUGAGAACCAUGACACGGGCUGCCCAGCCACACCUGCUACAAAAGCCUCUCACUCAGAAGCCCUGCGUUCACCUGACUCCGGCGCUCGCGCACAGCCUCUGGGGUUACUGGCCCUGCCGUCCUGGUGCCGAGGGGCCCUCCUCACCACAGAGGCCACUUCUGAAGCUGGGCCACCCCUGCGAGGCGGCAGCAGCAGCAGCCAGGAUGUCCACUCAGAGCCACUACCUGAAGCCCAGGCCCCUGAGCCUGCCACCUACCAUCCCAGAGUCCCCAAGCCGCCAGCGGCGCCACACACUCCCCGCCAGCGAGUUUCGCUGCCUCACCCCGGAGGAUGCUGCUGGCGUGUUUGAGGUCGAGCGAGAAGCCUUCAUCCCUGUCUUGGGCACCUGCCCCCUGAACGUGGACGAGAUCCGGUACUUCCUGACCCUGUGUCCUGAGCUGUCCAUGGGCUGGUUCUUGGAGGGUCGCCUCUUGGCCUUCAUCAUCGGCUCCCUGUGGGACAAGGAGAGAAUCACUCAGGAGUCGCUGACGCUGCACAGGCCCGGGGGCCGCACAGCCCACCUGCACCUGCUGGCCGUGCACCGCGCCUUCCGGCAGCAGGGCAAGGGCUCGGUCCUGCUCUGGCGCUACCUGCACCACCUGGGCAGCCAGCCGGCCGUGCGCCGGGCCGUGUUCAUGUGUGAGGCCAGGCUGGUGCCCUUCUACCAGAGGUUCGGCUUCCGGCCCGUGGGCCCCAGUGCCGUCUCCAUAGGCUCAGUGGUCUUCACGGAGAUGCAGUGCUCCAUGCGGGACCUCGUCUCCCAGCGCAGGAACAGUGACUGCUGAACUGGCCGCCACGUGGGGGGCCCACGGCCGGUUGCCUGAGGUGUGGGGAGGCAGGCUGGGGGGUCCUAUCCUGUCCCGGUGUCCCCUUCUCUGCCCUGGCCUUCCCCCAACUCGCCCCGGCCCGAAGGGAGACGGGGACGCCCAGGGGGUCGUGGAGAGGCUGGGGACUGAAAUAAAGAGAUGGGGGGGGCCGCUGCUCCUGCCAGGCUGCCCUGCUGGGGCCCGAGUCACGUGUCCUCCAGUCUGUCUGCACCAGGCCCUCCGGAGCCCCCCCAUGCCAAACGGUGCCCCAGUGUGUGGCUGUGCCGGUUAACUGGGGAUCUUGGGAGGCCUCCUGCAGCCCUGCCACGGUGUCCUCGCCAAAGGAGCCAGGUGCUCGGGGGCCCUUCACCCCCCCAGAGCCAGGGCUGCCCCCUCCCGGCCUCAGCCCUGGAAUGGGGGUAGUGGGCGCAGAGAGGGGCAGGGCCGCCCCCCAGCUCACCCCCACCCCAGGCAGCCUGAGUCCUCUGCCCCCAGUGACAGUGGUCGUGCCCCAUCGUGCGUGGGCUGAAGGGCUGUGGGUUGAAGGGCUCUGAGGGAGGCCCAGGGAGUGGACAGAUGCUGAGCCCCCACCCCUGGCACUGUUUCUGCCAGGAAGGCCUUUCCCUCGGCCGGGCUGGCCCCUCAGGAUCCCCACCAGGUGAGGUUGGGGGACCACAGGAGUCCAAAGAUCCGACCCCACCCUCCCCAGGAAGUCCCUGAGCCCC